UAAAAGAUUUCUUGAUCAAUCGGUCCGCUUGUUCCUCCUGUUCAUUCAUUCCCGAAUAAACAUUCUCAUAGACAGUAUGAUUGUCCUAAAGCAAUAAAAUUCAGAAGCUUAACCUUAUUUCUUCUUGUAACAAUGGACAGUAACGACUUUAAUGAGACUAGUACAAUUUGUUUCUUAACGAAGCAUUAUGGAAUCAACAGAGGGGUUUUCUUUGGUGAUGAUCCAUUAAACUUCGUGAAUCCCAUGGUUUUGGCUCAAAUUUCUCUCUGUGGCAUUUUUACUUCUCUUUUCCAGUUCUUUCUUGCCCCUCUUGGGGUAACCAAUUUUGUGUCCCAGAUGCUGGUAGGAUUUGUAAUGGGGCCUUCAAUCAUUGGAUCGGACCAUUCAAUCAGGGAGGCAUUUUUCUUACCUGAAAGUUUCUAUGUGAUGGACACCUUAGCCUACUUUGGUUUAAUGCUGUUUUUGUUCCUGGUGGGAGUGAAAAUGGAUUUGAAUAUGCUUUGGAAUACAGGAAGGAGGGCAGUGAUCAUAGGCCUAGCUACCUUCUUAUUCCCCUUAUUACUUUGCUUUAUAAUUUCUCAAUGUUUCUUACAUUCACUUGCCCUGGAACAGAGAAUCCACAGAUCAUUGCUUUGGGUUGCCUCAUUGCAAUCCAUGAGUUCCUUCCAUGUAACCAAUUGUCUCUUAACUGAUCUGAAGCUACUGAAUUCGGAGAUAGGUAAGAUUGCUUUAUCGUCGUCCAUGAUUAGUGGAACGUGCGCGUGGUUCUGGAUCAGCAUCAUAUUCACCGGAAAGCAGAGUAUUGGAGAACACAAAAAGGGGAGUUUGUUACUAAUGUUCUUCUUUGUAGCCAUCAUGUUCAUCCUUCUUGGUUGUCUCGUCCGUCCUCUGGUCCAGAGGAUGGCCAGACGAUCCGAGGGUAAGAAAUCAGUCGGUGAGAACCACAUUUUCGCGAUAUUCAUAAUGGUGAUGGCUAGUGCACUUUUUGGUGAAAUUGUUGGGCAACAUUUUCUAUUUGGACCGAUGAUUUUAGGCCUGGCUAUACCUGAUGGACCGCCUAUAGGUUCCGCCUUGAUAGCUAAGCUUGACAGCUUCAUCUCUUAUGUCCUCCUUCCGCUCUACGUUGUAAUCAGUGGUACGAAGCUUGACUUCUCGGUGAUAACAUGGAGGCAUUUCGGUAUCAUUGAGACAUUGGCUGUAUUCUCUUUCCUCUCUAAGGUAGUCGCGACAAUGAUACCAUGUCUCCUCUCCAGAAUGCCCAAAAGAGAUGCAUUUUGCCUAGGCGUCGUCCUCAGCUGCCAAGGAAUCACCGAUGUUGUCAUUCUACAACGAGCCGUUUACAUUAAUCUAAUUGAUCAUGAAUCAUAUACAAUUAUGUUGUUGUCCAUUAUCAUCUUUGCUGGAGUUUUUUCCCCAGUCAUAAAAUAUAUAUAUAAUCCAUCCAGAAUGUACGCCACAUGCAAGAGGAGGACAAUGGAAGACACAAAACUCACAGAUGAACUUCGAUUGCUCGCUUGCCUUCAUCAUCAAGAACAUACACCUUCAAUCAUCAAGCUACUCGAGGCCACGUACCCGAAUCCACAUAACCCUGUUUGCUUCUAUGUCGUCCACUUAAUUGACCUCAGAGGCAGAGCUACACCAACAAUAGUGGCUCAUCACCGUGGAAAGAAAGAAACUACACUGCAAGAAUCAGAUCACAUCAUAAAUGCUCUGAGGUUAUACGAGAAGCAAAGUCACGGAAACAUCACAUUUUACCCCUUUUCUGCCAUUUCUCCCUAUGCAACAAUGCACAAUGAUGUCUGUCACCUAGCUAUGGACAAAAGAGCCGCCUUUGUUGUUUUACCCUUUCAUAAACACUGGGCUGUCCACACUUCAGAUGUAGAGGAAAAUUGCAUUAGGAAUGUGAACCGUAAGAUUCUAACAACGGCACCAUGUUCUGUCGGUGUAUUCAUUGAUCGCAGCACUAGCAGCACAAACACACCUCUAUCAACAAUGACAAAUGUCUAUAGCAUUGGUGUCCUUUUCAUUGGCGGGCAGGACGAUCGAGAAGCAUUAGCCUAUGCUAAUCGGAUGGCUAUACAUCCCAACGUUGGAGUGACAGUUGUCCGGUUAAUAGAACCUAAGAAAUUGGACAAGUUCAACUACACACAAGACAUGGUAAAAGAUGCAGAAGCCAUCAAUGCAUUUAGAGAAGCUAACAUGAACAAGAAAUUAUGCAUUUACGAAGAAGAAGAGGUAAAAGAUAGUGUAGGAGUUGUUAGUGUAAUUAGAAAAAUGGAAAAUUGUUUUGACUUGAUCAUAGUAGGGAGACACAAUGAUAGUAACUCAGCAUUGUUAGGAGGACUAAGAGAAUGGAGUGAGUUUCCAGAAUUAGGGUUUAUAGGGGACAUGUUGGCUUCUUCAGACACAAGUUAUGAGGUAUCAGUCUUAAUAGUGCAACAACAAGCUUUUCCAGAGGACAAAAUACAGGAAAGUCCCAACCUUGAAAAUUCGGCUGCUGUUGUAAAUAUGAGGCACUUUGAGACUACAAAAUUCUAGCCAACAAUUGAACAUUUAAAUAUGUAGAUUAAGGUUUUCUCUUUAACUUUCAGAAAAGGAAAGUCUACGGAAUUUUUUAAUUUUACAUGUAAAUAAGAGUUCUGAAGAUUUCAGCACA